ACAACCAUUACAAUUGUGUGACUAUCAUUUAAAGAAUAAAGCAAACACAUGAUCCAAAGAAGAUAGAUAGGGAGACAAAAAAAAAUCAAGGCAAAAAAUGGGUUUCUCUCCAUCUUCUUCAUGGUUUCUUCAUCCUCAGCUUCAUCAUGUUGUUUCCAAGAUGUCUUACUUUGAUGCUUUUUUAUUCUAUAUUGUGCACUUAGUGGACAAGCUAGGAUUGUGGCAUAGAUUUCCAGUGUUAUUAGGAGUGGCUUACUUGGGGUUACGAAGACAUCUACAUCAACGUUACAAUCUGGUACAUGUUGGUCCGAUCAACGGUCAGGGUUACGACAACGAUGAGUUCUGUUAUCGUACGGCUGACGGCAAGUGUAAUCAUCCCUCCGACGACUCCAUCGGCAGUCAAGGCAGCUUCAUCGGCCGGAAUAUGCCUCCCUCUACUUCUCAGUACGGCAUUUUGGAUCCACAUCCAAGUGUAGUGGCGACAAAGUUGUUAGCUAGAAAAAGAUUCAUAGACAAUGGGGACCAAUUCAACGUGAUAGCUUGUUCUUGGAUCCAGUUCAUGAUCCAUGAUUGGGUUGAUCACUUAGAAGACACCCACCAGAUUGAGCUUGAAGCUCCAGAAGAAGUAGCAAGUGGAUGUCCAUUGAAGUCAUUCAAGUUCCUCAGAACGAAGAAAGUUCCCACCGGUGAUCACCACAAAUCUGGCGCUGUCAACACUAGAACCCCUUGGUGGGAUGGGAGUGUAAUAUAUGGGAAUGACGAAGCCGGAAUGAGAAGAGUUAGGGUUUUCAAGGACGGAAAGCUAAAAAUCUCUGGGGAUGGCUUGUUGGAGAGGGACGAAAGAGGUGUUCCGAUCUCCGGUGACAUAAGAAACAGCUGGUCAGGUUUCUCUCUGUUGCAAGCUCUCUUUGUCAAAGAACACAACUCCGUCUGUGAUAUGCUCAAAGAACGGUAUCCAGAUUUUGAUGAUGAGAAACUCUACCGGACUGCUAGACUGGUGACUGCAGCAGUUAUCGCAAAGGUUCAUACGAUCGAUUGGACAAUAGAACUCUUGAAAACAGACACACUCACUGCUGGAAUGAGGAUCAACUGGUAUGGGUUUUUAGGGAAGAAAGUGAAGGACAUGGUUGGAGCAAGAUUUGGUCCUAUAUUUAGCGGAUUAGUUGGUCUGCAGAAACCGAAAGAUCAUGGAGUUCCUUAUUCCCUUACUGAAGAGUUCGUUAGUGUUUACAGGAUGCAUUGUCUUCUACCAGAGACACUUAUCCUCCGAGAUAUGAAAUCUGAGAAUGUAGACAAAGCCAACCCUGCAAUAGAACGAGAGAUACCGAUGACGGAACUGAUUGGGAAAGAAGCAGGAAUAAAGGGUUCGAAAAUUGGGUUUGAGCAGUUGCUUGUUUCAAUGGGACACCAAUCUUGUGGGGCAUUGACAUUGUGGAAUUACCCUAAUUGGAUGAGGAACCUUGUGGCUCAAGAUAUCGACGGAGAAGAUAGACCUCACCUUAUAGAUAUGGCUGCCUUGGAGAUUUAUAGAGAUCGGGAGAGAGGAGUUCCUCGGUACAACGAAUUCAGAAAGAAUCUGUUGAUGAGUCCGAUCAGCAAAUGGGAAGAGUUGACAGAUGAUGAAGAAGCUAUCAAGGUUUUAAGAGAAGUGUACGAAGACGAUACAGAGAAGCUUGACCUUAACGUGGGACUGCACGCAGAGAAGAAGAUCAAAGGAUUCGCCAUUAGCGAAACUGCUUUCUUCAUCUUUCUCCUCGUCGCCUCCAGGAGGCUAGAAGCAGAUAGGUUUUUCACGACGAACUUCAACGAGAAGACGUAUACUAAAGAAGGAUUAGAGCGGGUCAAUACUACAGAGACUUUAAAAGAUGUAAUAGACAGACACUUCCCGAGCUUAACCGAUCAAUGGAUGCGAUGUUCUAGCGCCUUCUCUGUCUGGGGCUCGGAUCCUAACCCAAACACUUGGGUUCCUUUGUACCUCCGAUCCGCUCCAUAGGCCAUAGGCCAUAGCCGUCGGAUACUAUGUGGCACAUGUUCAUUAGUGUCACCGUGGUUCCCUGGUAUAUUUUUGGGGGCACUGAGAUGGUGUAAAAUCGUACAUAUGAAUAAUCAUAUUAGUAGAAGAGGUUUAGACAUUAGUGUCUUUGGUUAAAUAAAUGAUUACCCCAAUU